AUGGACCUGUAUACAAAAGAGGCGAACCGACAGCUACAGAACAGAACCUUUCAUGUUCCUUUACCAUCUGAUCCUACAAUGGUGUUUAAGAAGAAGUUUGAUCGAUUAUUGAAAACAGCACGAGACAUGUUCAUCAUCACUAAGAAGGAGCAUUUGUUUUUAGAGGUGAGUCAUCCUAUCAUUCCCACAUUUUACAUGCUCCCGAAAGUGCACAAGGACCUCCGCAACCCUCCGGGUCGACCCAUUGUGGCCGGCAUCGGGGGCCUGUGUGAACAGGCUUGCACUUAUGUGGACUUCUUUCUUCAACCCAUUGUUUUAGGACUACCCUCCUACGUACGGGAUUCUCUCCAUUUGAUAGAAAUGUUGGAACAUUUACCAAUCACUACCGAUGUAUUAUUGGUAACCUGCGACGUCGAGUCUCUUUAUACAAAUAUUGCACACAAGGACGGCAUCAGGGCCACAACCCAUUUUCUGGAAAAAUCAACCUCGGAGGAGCCGGCCCACCGCACCUUCCUGGGCUCCAGGGAGACCUGUAUCCAGUUCAUAGAUACAUUGAAUAUCAAUGAUUUGAACAUCCAUUUGACGUACACUAUAUCGGAUGAUAUGGUGGAUUUUCUGGAUUUGAAGUUGCGCAAAGAGCAUGAGCGGAUCACUACAUAUCUUUUCCGAAAAAGCACGGCUACCAAUAACCUACUACACUAUCAAAGCUUUCAUCCAACUCAUAUGAAGAGAGGGAUCCCAAAAGGGCAGUUUCUUAGGUUGCGGCGCAAUUGUACCAAUGUAACGGACUUCAAGACAGCAUCAGCAGACCUAACAACGCGGUUCCGAAAAAGGGGGUACCCUAGGAAACUCAUUACCCGAUCCUAUGAAGAAGCUAAGAAUGCUGACCGGAUGCAAUUAUUCACCCCAAAACCAAAAACCAGGGAUGGGCCUUAA